AUGUGUUUGACAAGAUAUAAGAUCUCUGGUCUUGAUUCCACGGCAAAAAAGAUAAAAACAUGGAAGCAGAAGACAAGUGCUUCGUCCAUCCUCCAACGUCCAGUCUUUUACAAGGUGAGAGCACGUGACGUGCGGAGACAGACGGGUGAGUUUGGUGAUAACUUCUGGAACCUCGCAAAAGCUUCUAGUGGAUAUCAGAUCAAGAAGUGGAAGGAAGCACUGGAAUGUAUCUCCGGCAAGAUGGGUUUGUCCUUGAGAGACGAGAGGCCUGAAGCUGAUUUUGUCAAGGAAAUUGUUAAGGAGGUUGUGAGAGUUAUAGUAACAGCUAGAGUACUCAAGGAAAACGAAACUCAUUCUGAGAGAAAAAGGAGAAAGGAUUGGAAGACCAUCAACAUCGCUAAUGAGUUUGUUGUUUUCCCAUCACGUCUUCUUGAACUACCGAGGGGAGAGCAAUUGCGUUACAGCUUUGCUAGUCAUCUCGUUGAUGCUUUUGAAAGGCAUGGUAUCAAUCUUUUCGUAGACAAAUACGAGCAGAGAGGCAAGGAUCUCGAGAAUCUCUUUGAAAGAAUCAAAGAAUCGAGGAUCGCGCUUGCCAUCUUCUCUACCAGGUACGCAGAGUCGAGCUGGUGUAUGGAUGAGUUGGUAAAGAUGAAGAAACUAGCGGACAAAGGAAAGAUCCAAGUCAUUCCAAUAUUUUACAAGGUGAGAGCACGUGACGUGAGGAGAGUCAGGAGACAGACAGGUGAGUUUGGUGAUAACUUCUGGAGCCUCGCGAAAGCUUCUAGUGGAGAUCAGAUCAAGAAAUGGAAGGAAGCACUGGAGUGUAUCUCUGGCAAGAUGGGUUUGUCGUUGAAAGAUGAGAGCUCUGAAGCUGAUCUUGUCAAGGAAAUUGUUAAUAAGGAGGUUGUGAGAGUUGUAGCAGCAGCUAGACUCAAGGAAGUAGAAACCCGUUUUGAGAAAAAAAGGAGAAAUGAUUGCAAUUGCCCAUGUCAGCUUCCCGUUAUCAAGAGGAUCAAAACCGAAAAGUUGUGA